CGAUGAAAUCUUAACGUUGUUGCUUUGAACUUUCUCAAAGUCCGCUGGCCAGCUUUUUAGAAAUUGGCUUCUGCGCCUGAUUUUUUUUUUACUUAUUAUUGAGGAAAUUACCCAUUAGAUCGCGCGCUUCUAUUAGGGAAAACCAAAGAGGGCAACUUGGGGCAAGUCUACUUUAAUAGCUGUUGGUUAAAUAUGAAUUUAGAAAAUACUAUUUUGAAAUUCAGCGCAUGUAUCGUCGCACGCUGUAAAAAAGGCGUUAAAAAUAUCGGCCCGCCUUUUGAUAAACGAUCAGUGAAAAGGAGUAGGGGUUAUAUCAACCUAAUGUUCCUCUCUAAGGAACUAUAGAACCAAUUAGUAAAAAAGAAAAAAGACUAUUGUGUCUGAGUGAGUUUGACUUAUUUGCCUUGCCUCGUUGUUUUCCUCGUGAAUUAAAAUUUGCAAUGCAAAAUAAAAACCAGGGAUCUAUUGUGUUAAAGAAAUUACACUUCUCGGAUAUCAUAUAAUAUGAGAUAGUUCGUGAAAGGUAGCACUUGGGAAUUCUACAUCUGGUGACCAAGAAGGUCAAAUAAAAGCGGGAACAGAGAAGAAAAGAGAUUGUCUACCUAAAAAAAUGGACUCAUCGAAAGCAAAUGCUGAGGACAAAAGCAAAGAGAAAAUUAUCGGUGUUUUUGCGUUCUUUAUGUUCGGCUUGGUUGAGUACGUAUCCUUUGGAACUAUAAUAACCGGCUCACAGGAUAUUCUCGCCAAUACAGAAGUACCAACGACAAUAACAAUUCUAACCGCGAAUCUUCCAUACAUGUUGCUCUCCAUCGUUCUCCCGUAUUUUAUGUCCAAGGUUCCCGUUCCUGUUCGAGUUUGGAGUGCAUUUGGGCUACUCACAUUGGGAAUGCUAGUCGUAGCACUCGGACAAAACUUGUGGCUCAGGCUUUUCGGAAUUGCGCUAAAUUCAGUGGGAUAUUCCUUCAUAGAAGUUGGCUUGCUUCCGCUGUCGGCGUUUUACAGUGAAAGGACUGUGUUUGCAUUUUCUGGUGGCACCGGUUUGGGUUUCAUCGGUACAACCUAUUACACAGUUGUGACAACGUAUGGGUGCCUGUCACCGUCAAGAACCAUGCUCACGGCUUCGUGGCUAACAGUCUUCAUCCCUUUAUGUUACUACCUAAUGGACAAACAAAACAUGCAGCGAAGCGCAGGGGAGGGCCCCGUCGCGUACACCCCCCUAGCUACAGCAAGCACUAAAGAAUUAGACGAAUUGGAGUCAGAGGCCCCCCUUACCAAGCAAGAGAAACUCACCAUCGCAAGCUCACAUUUAGUUUAUUUUGCGACAUUUUUUCUUGGAAUAUGCGGGGAGUAUUUGUCGCUUGGUGGAAUGGCGACCACCCUGGCCUUCCCAAAAGGCACGUCUAGCCUUAAACUAGAGCCACGUGAUCAGUUCGUGUUCUACGCAAUGAGCUUUGCAAUUGGCGAGAUGUUUGGUCGCGCGUACGGUUGUCUUGUGUUGUUUUCAAAGCAUGGCUCCCGGUUUGUUACAAGCCAUAUUUGGAUCUUUACGCUUAUAAUCUGGAUAAACGUCUUUUUCUUGUUCUUCGCAAGUUGGUUUAGAUUCCUAGAUAGUGUCUGGAUUGUAGUAUUUGUUACGUUUCUUAUAGGGUUAACCGCGGGUGCACUGUAUUUCAACGCAUUCUCUUUGGCGGGAAAAGAUGAUAUGUCGCCAUUUUGGCGGGAAUUUUCCCGCGCUUUUCUGGUAGGCGCGUUUGCUGGUGGUAUUGUGAUUGGUUCUGUGCUCGGUGCUGUUACUGAGCCAAUCAUGAGAGAACAUUGCAUGCAGAUCAUCGAUAGGCAUUAUUGCUACACAAGAACAAUGAGUUCCUGGAACAGUACCGCCUGUUGGCAUUGAAGACCGUUUAGAGGAAUUUGACGGCGUAGUUGUGCCUUACCGCCUAUAUAGGGGCCGGGGACGAAGGAGAAUUAAAGGAAAAUGAAAGUAAGCAAGAAAAAUUAUAAGUGAGGAAUCUAUAAUGCACUAGUCAUUUGAAAUCCCCACCCCCAUGGUCCCGUGAAGUGUGGGGUUACCUGGGGGUUUUGAGCACUUUUGAACAAGAAUCUGUCCCGAAGGGGUGGGGAGAAUUAUUGACAGUUUUUGACGCAGGUGUCCCAACCAUGGGGGCUGGGGACAAAUGAAUUACAUAAUAAAUGUACUUUACGAACGAAAGUCAUGUCAGUUUCUUGUUUGAGACUCUUUGUCUUCUGUAGCAAGCAGUAACAUGUAUCAGCGUAUGGAAACCUCUGUAUGGCGAAAUGUGCGAACGCGAAUAUGAAUGACAACUAGAAGAUAAUUUAUUUUUUCAUAUUUUUUUUUGGGUAACUGUUACGUUCAUAGUUAUUAUUACAUAUAUACUCCCUGAAGUGUACUGCUGGCUUUGAAAGAUAAAGGCUUAUUUGAUGA